AGCAGUUUGCAGCCUGCUCUGGGGCACCGAGGACGGUAAGCAGCAGGUUUAAUGAGGCGACAAACUUAACUUUUCAAGCUUGACUCAACCGCCCCAAGGAGGACUGACCAGAAGACCAAGAACCACCCCAGGAAGAGACGGGAGGCAACGCCAAAUAACGGAGAGCUGCAGAGAAUCCACCUAACGAGGUUGCCUGGGCGGCAUCUGUCAUAUUUGAAGCCAUGAUUAAUGUGCCUCGAGUUGAGAAACUUCUGAUUGCAACAUCUUGUGGGCUGGCUGGGACAGAGCAUGAUCUCCUGAGAGCAGCCUCUAAGAGCUGGAAUUAAUCUGAAGCUCCCAGGACUUGAGGACAGCAGACACCCCCACACCCCCAGAGACUUCGGAGAUCAGGCAGACCCCCAAUGUGGUGGCCUUUUGCAGCAGCCUACUGGAUGCUUCUUUUUGGACCUGUAUAUGGUUAUCACAAGAUAGGAGGCAUCACAAAUCCUGAAGCUACUAUGAAUAUUAGCCAGAUUAUUUCCUACUGGGGUUAUCCUUACGAAGAGUAUGACGUUGUGACCAAAGAUGGUUAUGUCCUCGGAAUUUACAGGAUUCCCCAUGGAAGAGGAUGUCCAAGAAAAGCUCCAAAGCCUGUUGUGUAUUUGCAACACGGAUUGAUCGCAUCUGCCAGCAACUGGAUUUGUAACCUUCCGAACAACAGCUUGGCUUUCCUUCUGGCAGAUGCUGGUUACGACGUGUGGCUGGGGAACAGCAGGGGGAACACCUGGUCCAGAAAACACCUGAAAUUUUCACCCCAAUCACGAGAAUUCUGGGCCUUCAGUUUGGAUGAGAUGGCUAACUACGACCUUCCAUCCACAAUCGAUUUUAUUGCAGAGAAAACGGGACAAGAGCGACUCUACUACGUUGGCCACUCCCAAGGCACCACCAUCGCUUUCAUAGCAUUCUCUACGAAUCCAGAGCUGGCGAAAAGGAUUAAUAUAUUUUUUGCAUUGGCUCCAGUCAUCACGGUGAAAUACACUCAAAGUCCUAUGAAGAAAUUAACAACUCUUUCCAGAAAAGUCGUCAAGGCAUUAUUUGGUGACAAGAUGUUCUACCCUCAUACAUUUUUUGACCAGUUCAUUGCCACCAAGGUGUGCAACCGGAAGCUAUUCCAUCAUCUCUGCAGCAACUUCCUCUUUACUUUGAGUGGAUUUGAUCCCAAAAACUUAAACAUGAGUCGCUUGGAUGUUUAUUUGGCACAGAGCCCUGCGGGAACAUCUGUUCAGAAUAUGCUGCACUGGGCCCAGGCUGCUAAUUCUGGUCUGUUCCAAGCUUUUGACUGGGGAAACCCUGAUGAGAACAUGAUGCACUUUCACCAGCUUACACCUCCCUUGUACGAUGUCACUAAGAUGCAAGUGCCCACAGCUGUGUGGAGUGGCGGACAUGACCGUGUGGCUGACCUCAAGGAUGUUGAGAAUUUACUGCCUAAAAUUCCCAGGCUCAUUUACUACAAGUUGAUUCCACACUACAAUCAUGUGGAUUUUUACCUGGGACAGGAUGCACCCCAGGAAAUCUACCAAGACCUUAUUAGACUGAUGGAUGAAUGUUUGCAAAAUUAAAUACAUAUUCCUUUCUCUAAGCAAGUGCAUUUUUAAAAUAAUAAAUGUGGCGCCCAGACCCUAAGGUGACCACUCUGAUGGUUUUCACCUCCUUGUGCCCAUGUGUUGGUGUAACCCUCUCCCCUUGAGUGUGGGAUGCCCUUGAGACUUGGUUCUGGCCAACAGAAUGGCCAAAGGUAAUGGUGUCACACCCUUGGUUGGAUCAUGUUUGUGGCAAAGGACGUCAGCUCCUGAUUGCAUUAUAUUAUAUGAGACUUCAUCAAGUAGACUGGAGAAGAGAUCUCCCUUGCUGGCUUGAUGAAGAGGACAGAUAUGUGGAAGAAGCUUGCAUGACCUCUAGGAUCUGUGCCCAUAGCAGAUAACCAGCAAACAACCGGAUUCUCAGUCAUAGAGCUGCAAGAUCAAUUACAUCUAAAUCCUGGAUGAACUUGAAAGCCCUUGAAUCCCCAGUAAAUCUUCCAGUUGAGCACCAGGCUGCCCACCCCUCAUUUGCAGCCGUGGAGGAGACACUAAGCUGCAGGAAACUAGCUGUGGCAUACCCAGACUACUGACCCAUAGCCAGAGCCAGAAAAUAAAUGUAAAUUCUUUGAAACCA